UAUUCUAUUGAAAGAGUAUUUAAAAAUAAGGAUCUAUUUUUAAAGGUGAAGGACAGCUAGAUGCCUCAGCAUGUUGGUUACGGGUUGUAUAUCCUUUCACUUAAUUGCCAUUUGUUUUAUUGUGGCACAAAUCAUAAGUCUUUGCUGUCUGCUGCCUGUAUCAUAACUGAUGUGAAAUAAGAUAAUCCAGUUCCUAGUGAGUAAAUAUUCACAUCACAGAAGUGCUCCACAAUCAUAAUUUGCAACCUCCUUGGUUGCCUCUGUAGGAAGGCCAUAGAUUGAGUGGGCACAGAAACUGGUCAGGCUUGAAGCACAUUAGUAGAAUGCUGUGGAGAGCUUGCAUUUGCUCAGUGGGUUAGACUUCAGUCUCCAGGGCUCUCUGCCAUUUGCCAUGAGCAUAAAAUUAAGAUUAAAAAUAAAGCAGACUUCAACAAAUAGAAACCUUUGUUUACUAGAUGAGAAAUUGUAUAGAGUUUCCUGAUGGUGAAAGGUUGAAUUGUGGAUAUGAUUAUCAUCUGGAAGGGCAAGGUUUGAGGCCUGGUUGUGUAGCUGGACGGGCAUGAUGGGGGGGUUGCGUGUGUGUGUGAGGUGUGUCUGUUGGUGGGAGAGCUAGAUGAAAUGAGUGAGCUGGGAGGGAAUGUAUUAGCUAUGACCUGACUUUUUUUUUUCUUUUUUUGUAUGAAACAAAUGUGCAAUUUUUUACUUUCUGCUGUGAAGCAGAUGGAUACUUCUGAUGCAUGGUAUGAGAAGUCGUUUUUCUCUUGUGGACAAGGCUGGUCUUCAGAUGAGUUUUACUUAGGCUAUGCUUGAACAGGCACCAGCCAACAAUGAAAUUGCAGAAUUUUUUAACUACAAUUCAGGUUAUUUCAAAGUCCCUGUUAAGGUAGCCUCCCCAGUUAUGCUCAGCCUUCCACAGGAUGGACAACAUGAGGCUGUACCCACUUUUGCUUCCCACCCUCUGGUAUAGUUUCUCGUAGAUUAAUGAAGCUCCUCUCCUGUGGGAGUACUUAAAAUUGACGUGUGCAAAACAAACAAUCGUUUCUCUUUUAGCAGAAGAGUGCAAGAUGGUCUGUCUCUUGACAGACCUCCCAGACAUUGUACGCAGCUGUCUCUGAAGUACUUCAAACUGUCAGCCUUAGCAGCAGCUUUGUUCCCCCUAGUUUUGGAACCAGGUAGGCUGGUUGAAUAAGGAACCGGGACUUGGUCUUUGGAGGCAGAUUUCUUGUCAUCUUUCUUUCAAGACCAGGGCUGUCAAGUAUGUGAAAUCUUGAAUAAGAUUCACACAUUUGCCACCCUGUCACGUAUUUCUGCAGCUAGCUGGAUUCUCCUGUAUCUGUCUGGGUGAUGGUAAAGAGCUGCGGUUCCCAUGAUGACUACAGUGCCUGCUCUGCCUAUCUCACCAGCAGCCAGCAUUGGAGACCUGAGGGAAGGCAGUUGCUGGCAGGAGGGGGGCGGGGGUUGGGAUCUGGAGUUGUUAAAAGGUCUGGGCCUAUCCGAGGACAAAAUGGGGGAUAGGAACAGAACUUAGGAGCAUGGUGGGGAAAGGAAAGAAUGGGAAAAGUUUGCCCCAGGUACUCUACCCACCCACCACAAUUUUCAGGCUGUGCCACCCACAUGUACUUUCUCCCAGCAUGCUUUUACUAUGUUGUUAACCAAUUAUAGUUAAUAAAAUAGCAAUAUAUUUAUAAAAAAAAAUUUCCCCUGUCAUACUGUUUAAAUAUGAACAUCAAGUAAUAUAGUAAAUGAAACAGGGACUUCACGCUGCUUGGCUCUUUGGGGUAAGGUUGAUCGCUAAUUUGGCUCCUGAACCACUGAGGUCUGAAUAUCACUGCUAUAGAAAGACACUUAGGCUGGGAUUUUCAAAUGUACCUCUGGGUAUUACAGUUCCAACUUUCAGUGGGAUUUGGUGUAUAACUUCCUUAAGCUCCUUUGAAAAUCCCACCCUUGCAUGUCUGCAGACACUAGCCAAAAUUUUCAAAUUAAGUUCCUAAAACUAAACUAUUAAAUCCUUAUUUUCCAGUAGUAGUGAGUACCUGCAGAACCCAUUGACUUUGUUAUGACAGGGAGAGUUCAGUAGUUUUAAAAGUAAAGUCACUUCUAUUUAGGUGCCUAACCCUGAGUUGAGGAGCAUAAUUUCACACCCAAGUUUGAAAACUUUGCCCACAGUAUUUACCAAAACUGUUGAAGCAUCUGUUCUUAAGAAAUAGUCCUGUGCUUAUGUACUGAAGAAAUGCCCCAGAUCCCAACCUGUUGAUGUGCCAUGUCCACUCAACAGGUCUCUUUUACUUGUAAAUAGCGCUGCUCGGAUGGGCAGCAUCAAUCUUUUGCUGUUAUGAUGUGUUAGUAUUAUUGGUAUAGUUUAUAAUGUUUGUUAAACUGGCCUGUUAGUGAAAUAUAUCUCCUUGACUAUGGUCACUUUCACUAUACCUUACACUCACCAAUAAACAUUGCCAGCUUAAUCCAACCUUGAGCAGAAUUCAUUUCUUUUUCAAACAAAUCUCAUUUUUACCACUGUCUCACCAAGGUUGUUUUUUUUUUUUUUUUUAUUUUGGGUACUUAGCACCAGGGCUUUGGAGCGGAGCCUGGAGCUGGAGCGCAGAGCAGUGGAGCUGCAAGUUUUUGCCCGGAGCUGGAGCAGAGCCAGAGCACAGAAAAUCUUGACUGCUCCAGUUUUUUUUUUCUCAUUUUCAAUCCAAAAUGAAUGAUAUUUAGCACAAAAGUCUUAAAGGUGCCAAAAAGUUUCAGAUUGUAUAACAAUUGAUAUUAACAUCUACUUUACCACUUUACGUAAUGUGUCACAGUUGUUUUCGCUUCGGCCGAAAUCAAGAUUUAAUGUACAGAUACAAAAUUACAAAGUUUUUUUGAGAUAUCUGAUUCUUUAAUAUAUCUAUUAAUAAACAUAAUUAUCAGACAUCGGGCAACACUGCAGACUGCUCCCACCCUUGUGCCAAGGUUAGGCGAGUACAUACUCGCAUAGAUUGAUUAGAUAGUUAGAUUAGUAUGUGUUGAUACUUCUUUUGUAAGGGUUGAUCAGUGAGACGCCCUGAGUGCUGCGAUUACAGAGAAGUGUGACGAAAGAUGCAACAUUUAAGAUAUCACAAACAGAUCAUAACAAGAAACAUUUGGAUGCGGUAGCAGCACAAGAAGAUUUGGCUAUGGCUUCAACAAAAAAAUCAAAUCUGCCCCCCCAUGAUUGAUAACCGAUUUACGGAAAAGGAUCUCAACGACAUCUUUACUUUUGAAUUUGAAAAGCCCAAAUUUGGGUUUUUGGGAAAAGCAAAGAAGCAAUCAGCAACAUGCAAGGUGGAAAAGGAAGUGAAUGGCGAGCUCAAACCAUGUAGCUUCAAGACAAGUGAAGCAAGUGCCGUGAAAAGUUUCAAUCUUUGGCGGCAUGUAAAACUUAACUAUCCUGAAAACUAUGCGGCUCUGGUUACAAAAAGGGACCAGGAAGAUGAGGCAAAACAGAAAGCUGGCACAGCUAAACGACGUUCAUCUGGCUCUUUGAAAACUGGAGAAAAGACUUUUUGCAGAGCUUCAUCUGAAAAGAAAAUCAAAAUUGAGCAAACAAAAUUUGACUCAUAUUUGAAGUCCUUAAAGGUUACAGUCACUAUGGAUGCCAAUACUUUCCGUGAAGGGCUGAUGGAAAUGGUUUGCUUGAGUUCAACACCGCUCACUACCUUCAGGCUAAAGAACAAAGGGUUCCAAAAAAUUGCAGGCGAAAUGGGUCGGCAGCUUGGCGUUUCGACGGGGCACAAUGCGGUUCAUCAUUUACUUGUCAGCACAGCUGAGUCUGGUUGCGAAGAGCUCAAGAAAGCUUUGGAGCAAAAAUUGUGCUACCUGAAAAUGGAUGUGGCAACCCAUGGAAACAGAAAUUUCCUUGCAAUCAAUGCUCAGUACUACGAAGAAGGAAAAGAUAAAGCUGUGGUAAAAACCUUGGACAUAAUCAACACUGAAGAGCAUCACAAUUCUUCGUACAUGAAAAGUCAAGUAAAAGCUAUUUUAGAAAAGUUUGGGAUCAGUGAAAUGGAAGUGCUGAGCAUCUGCAUUGACAAUGCAGCAAACAGGACGUGUGCCGUCAAAAAUUUCAGCAAGGACAAUGAAACCAUUUCUACCUCUGAGAACAGAGAUGUGGACAGAACUGAAGCUAUUUUGCCUGAUGAAGGAACUAAAGGAAGGGAUGAAAUCGAACUGAACAUGGAUGCUGCUGCGCAAUGGGUUAAUGACCCUAGCCUCAUACUUCCAACAUGGCUUCAUGAGGACGACUCAAAAGUCCAACUGAUGAGGUGUGGUAUUCAUGCUCUUCAGUUGGCAAUCUGGGAUGUACUGAACAAAGAACAUAAGAAGAAAUUUCUGGCAAAAAUUCAACAAGUCGUUGUCAAACUACAAACCCCAAGUAUUCGAAGUGUUCUGCUUGAUCUACAUGGGGUAACUCAAUGAUUGGAUACUGUGAUUCACCUGGGGUUCAACAUUUGCGAUGAUUGAUCGGUGUCUUGUUUUUCAAUCUUACGGUGAACAAGUGGCUGCUGCUGGAACAAGAGAACUCAAGUUCACAAAAGCUGAAUCGGACGAAGUGAAGAACCUGCGAGACCUCUUGGCAAAGCCAAACCAAACAACCAUGAAUUUUCAAGCUGUUGAUGUAACCCCAGGAGUUUUAAUGAAGGAAUGGCGAAAACUGUCAAAAUUCUUGCAAGAAAAUGGACAAAUUGCAGAAGGAAUUAUAUCCUCCAUGCAGAAACACGAAGAGAAGCUUUUUGACAAUAUUCAUUUCCUUGUUGGAGUUUAUGUUGACCCAUGGUAUCGGAUUCUUCUUACCUCAAGGGAAAUACUAAAGGCAAAGGAAGGGUUCCUUGAUAUUGCUCGACGACCCGAAAAACAAAAUCUGUUGCUACAUUUGAACUCAGUGAAAGAGGUUGAAGAAAAUGAAAUACAGCAAAAGGAGUCAUCAACAGUCGAAUUUGCAGUUUCAGAAAGUUCACAUCCAUCAGAAAUAGCAGGCUUCUGUCUCUACUCUGAAUUUGUUGGAGUGUCCAUCCCUGAGACAUCUUCAACCAUCACAGGGAAAUGGAGAUAAUUCAAGCACCAAUUCUUCAGAAGAUGACUCCUUCAAAAAGGAAUUGGAUAGACAAGAAAGACGCUGGCGAGUUUCUGCGAUUCAUAAUUGUAAUGAAGCAUUAUUCGAGAGAAACUUUAGGGAAGAUUGAGAGGCGAUGGAGUCUAUUGGUAGGCUAAAAGUUAAGUCUGUUUUUGAGGCCAUUCACAGCUACCCACACCGCAUUCAGGCUGCUGUAGAAUUGCUUCGAGAAUGCCAACAACUCAAGCUAGUGUAAAGUGACUGUUUUCAGCUUUAAAGUUCAUUUUAAAUGAUUUGCUGCAGGUUAUGAAAGACAACUUGAUUGCUGCAAUAACUUUUUACAGAAUGAAUUAUGAAUGAUUCUAGUUUGUACCAUUGUGGAUAUUUAAAUUGUUUUAAAAGUCUGAAUAAAAAUGUUUUUUUCAAAAUUACAGUAUGCACUUUUUUUAUUUAGUUUAAUUUGAGUCGGAGUGCGGAGCGGAGUCGGAGCAGUCACUAUUGUUGCCAGAGCAGAUCUGGAAUGGAGCAAUUCAAAAAUGUGAUUGCUCCAAAUCCCUGCUUAGCACUUACAGUUGAGGAAGCUAAUGGCAGCCUUGAGAUACUUUGAUUAGUGCUCAAAAAUUCUACAAUUUUACUUUGACUCAUCAAGCUAUUAAAUUCUAAUAUAAGCACAAACUUCUCUAGUUAGAAAUUGACCCUGUCCAUCAAAAAAAAAUGCUAUUUACAGGUGAGAAACUGUGAAAUUCUUUACAGAUAUUGAUUAUACAGUGGUAGCAAUAUUUACUUCAUGCUUUUAUUGCUGUACUAACUGCAAAUGGUCAGAAUUUUUACUUUCAGUCUGUUGUUUGAAUUUCUUGCUUAUGUAAAACAUGUAUGAAUCUAUAUUUUGAGAAAAUAAUGAAAAUCAACAUUAUAGCAUUCCAAUAACAAUCUUAUGUAUAGAGAACAAAAAUGAGUACGGUUGUAUGUUUAUCUUUAAUUUCCUCUGUAAGCCUAAACAGACACAUAGGUGUGGUUUUUUUGUUUGUUUUUUUCACCCUCUUGAACUAAGGAAACAAACACCUUUUUAUUAAGUCUUUUGGAAGAUUUAGAAAAAGCAAUGUACAUUUAAAGCAGUAAAGGCAAUAUAGGAAAGCAAUUAGAGCAGUGGUUCUCAACCUAUUGUGGGCUGUAUAUGCAGCUCUCUGUGUGGCCCUGAGAAUGUCCGAUGAGCUAUAGCUGUGUGCUGAUUGGGCCGUGUGUUGAGAACCACUGAACUAGAGUAUAAUAUAAAGUAAAAGUGCACUGCAAGGUUGCCUCCUAUGGUUACAAAGUUGAGUUAAGUCUACCUCACCUGUUUUAAUUUCAUGUUGGAUAGAUUUUUCCCACUUGGGUAGUAACACUGUAACUCUUAAAAUCUCUUCAGGUGUAGAAUUUGGUGCUCGAAUGAUAACAAUUGAUG